AGGUAAAAGAAGAUUGGAAGUACGUUGCAAUGGUACUGGAUCGUCUGUUCCUAUGGAUCUUCACGUUGGCAGUCCUUGUAGGUACCGCAGGAAUCAUCCUACAAGCUCCGACGCUGUACGACGAUCGCAUUCCAAUCGACAAGAAGUUCUCAGAAUUCGCAACAUCCACGGUAGUCCGUUGUCCACCACCCCAGUAACACUACCUUCCAUCUAUAAUUUAAUCCACAAAGAUCACGACUAUACAAUUAAUAAUGGAAAGAAAACCGUACCUUGUUAAUGUAAAUAAUGUAUGAUGAUGAUAUCAAGUGGAUGAUGUUUGUAGCGGAUGAGUGGAGAGGAAGAUUCCAAAAGAAAGUAUCGGGAGCCCAAUAAAAUAUACAAUAAUAUAAAAUAAUAAUAUAAUAUUCAUUUGCACACGAUUUGCUCAAAAUUGUUUAAAUUCAAAAACAAGAACAAAAUAAUGAGAAUAUUUUUGUAAACCCCAAAGAAAACGAGCGAAAGUGAAAUGAAAUCGGGAGCAGAUCAUAUCUUUGCCUGAAGAAUUGCCCAAAAAAA